CGGAGAGGACGCCGCAAUGCCUUCCAGCGGCCAUCUGUGUCGUUCGAUCAAUUAAUACUGCCCUGGCUAUGUCCUGCGCAAUUGCGAUGGGCUGCGAGUACAGCUCCCCCGCCUACCACAUCCUCCAAUUCUACGAAACGGACGCCCUUUCGACGCGCCUCGCUACGCACCGAAAGCCGCUCAAUAUACACCGCCGUCGACGCCCUUUCACCUUCGACUGCUCCUCCUUUCGCCUCACUCUCACAAUGGGGAACGAGUAGCGAGCCUCGCGGUUUAUCCUGGGCUACGCCGCAAUCUAUACUCGUCAACCAAGUGUCCCUCGCGGCGCCCCCUCGGCUCCGAUUCGAGAAGGGCAUAGGGGGCGACCCUCUCGAACUCACUCAAAACUUGCACGCCUGCAUACGAGUUGGUCGCUUGGACCGCGCUGCAGCCAUAGUACGACGGCUGACAACUGUAUACAAUCCCUCAGCGACCGAGAUUCUGGACGUUCAUAAUGUUUAUCUUCGGGCCAAGCUCGAGGCUAUGUUACAGGAUCCAGUCAACUCCAAGAUGCGAGACCUCGAGGACUGGUAUGAUAAUGACAUGGUUCAUAAGGGCAUCGAGCCAGACGACCGCACCUUGGUGGCAAUGAUACAGGGAGCAUUGUCUUUGCUCCAUGGUGAAGCGAGGGACCAGGCGGUAGGGAAAUAUAUGGACAUUGCAAAGAACCUCGGACCAGACGUGGAAUAUGCAGUAAACUCAUCGCCUGAGUUUACCGAAGAAGAAUGGGAUACCUUGAUUAGAGUCCAGGCUGAAGACUACGACGAACCGCCCGUCAUGACCGAUGAGGAUUUGAGUUCGCCCAUCAGUACGCCCGGUGGUCGAGAGAUUGCGAUUGAGCAUGGUUUCAUGAAGGACCCGGCUACAGAGAUUCGGGAAAUCCCCCAAAAGGGGCAAGGCAUGGAGACAUUAAAACAGGCCUUGAGCGCAUUCGAUCCUUCCAACGUCAUUCCGUAUCCCCACGAUAUGGAAGGCUCGCAGGAGGAAAAGGAUACGGCUUACGCCGUCAUGCGGCAAAUCCAUUUGGAGGAGACUGCGGUCGAUGCUUCGGUGGCUCGCUGGAAGCACGAUAAUGACGAGCUCACAAGGUUGGGAAUUCAUGGAGCCCUGAAGACAAAAUCUAUGGGGGCUUUGAUGUGGGAAUGGUACACGACUAUGAUUCCUCUAGUGCAAAAGGAGCUUCUUGCGGUGAAAAAGACGCUCGCCUCGGAGACGACAUACAAGAACUCGGAUCGGCUGGUGUACGGGACUUAUCUGGAGCUUUUCGACGCAAAGACUCUCUCUGCUAUCACUGUCAAGAGUCUAGUAGAAGAACUAGCAACCGCAGAACGCGCCAAUAACAACAAGGUUUCGAAUCUCACUUUCAAACUCGCAUCUGCGCUGGAAUUGGAAUGCAACGUUAAAACUGCGGUGUCGCGACAGCCCUCCACUGCCGGUGUAAAACAGUCACUGCGCCGCCAGAAAGUACUGGCAAAAUUGAGCAGAGGGAAAUUCAAAUUCGAUCCCUCGAAGCGUCACAAGCCAGAAUCGACACAACCUUCCGAUGUCGUAACUGAAAUUGUUUUCCCUCGCCACGUCAAGGUUAAAAUUGGCGCUCUACUGAUCGAGAAAUUCCUCCAAAGUGCGAAACUCACAGUUACUCGAGAGGACCCAAAAACAGGCGAGACUCUCUCGAGUGUUCAACCAGCCUACGCCCAUUCUAAUGUCCAUAUCCGGGGCAAAUCGGUGGGAGUUUUGACCCUACACAAGGAGUUGAUGCUCAUGCUAACGCGGGAGCCCUUGAGGGGUCAGUCGACUUUUCGCCUGCCCAUGGUGGCUGAACCGAAGCCGUGGAAAUCUUUCAACAAAGGCGGCUAUUAUCGAUAUCCUACUAAGGUAGUCCGAAUGAAGGAUGGAGAUGAGUCUCAGGCUAGGUAUGCCAUCUCGGCCAUUCAAAAAGGAGACAUGGACCAAAUUUUCGAAGGCCUCGAUGCCCUUGGACGGGUUCCAUGGCAAAUCAACAAGGACGUUUUUAAAGUGAUGAUUCACGCAUGGAAUGCUGGGGAGGGCAUUGGUGAACUUGUUCCAGGCAACAUAGAAGUUCCGCGCCCCGCAGAACCACGCCCCGGAGCGCCCGUGGUAGAACGUAUGCAGUACCAAAAGGCGGUCAAAGAGGCUAAUGAAAAGAAAGACGGGCUACACUCGAAACGAUGCUUUCAAAAUCUUCAACUGGAAAUGGCCCGGGCGUAUUUGGACGAGACUAUUUAUUACCCGCACAACAUCGACUUUCGUGGGAGGGCAUAUCCUAUUCCGCCCAUAUUAAACCACAUGGGUGCUGACAUAGCUCGCGGUCUUCUGAAGUUUGCUAAAGGGAGGGAACUUGGGAGCGUUGGAUUAAAAUGGUUGAAGAUUCACCUGGCCAAUCUUUACGGGUUCGAUAAGGCCAGUCUUCUCGAGCGAGAGGAGUUUACCAUGGAGAACCUUAACCACGUCUACGACUCAGCUACGAAUCCGCUCUCCGGUGCCCGAUGGUGGCUGAAAGCUGAGGAUCCAUGGCAAUGUCUAGCCUGUUGCUUUGAACUCAGGAAUGCUUUAGAUUCUCCAGAUCCUUCAAGAUACGUAUCGUCCUUCCCAGUACAUCAGGACGGUACCUGCAACGGCCUUCAACAUUAUGCAGCUCUCGGCGGCGAUAAGAAUGGUGCUACUCAAGUCAACUUGGAGCCUUCUGACCGCCCACAAGACAUCUAUACCGGAGUUGCUGAGCUCGUUAAGGCCCAAAUCACCAAAGCUGCGAAAGAUGGCCAUGCAAUGUCCAAAUUUUUGGAGGGCAAAAUCACUCGCAAGGUUGUCAAGCGCACUGUCAUGACCAACGUUUAUGGCGUGACUUUCGAAGGAGCCCGUCUCCAAGUUCUUGAGGAACUAAAAGAUGCGAUGCCCAAUUUUCAGAAGAGCGAUGGUGUGCCAAGUCUAGGUAGCGUCGCGGCCUUCGUUGCGAAGCACAUAUUCGACGCUUUAGGGAAGAUUUUCAAUGGCGCUCAAGACAUACAAUUAUGGCUGGGGGCCUGCGCAUCUCGAAUCACAACUUCGGUCACAGUGGAGCAAAUAGAGAAGUUGCGGAAAGCUGUAGCCUCUGGAAAGGGUCAUGAAGUCUUCGCAAAUCCAAAGUACCAGGAUGGGACGAAACAAAAGAAGAUAUAUACGGCUGCACAAGAAGCCAACCUACAGGAGAGUGCUAUGGAUUUUAAAUCAAGUGUCAUUUGGACCACCCCGUUGAGGAUGCCAGUUGUGCAACCAUACCGAAAAGUUCAGACUGUGCACAUUAAGACUGCUCUGCAAUCUUUAGCAAUCCUGGACCCCCGGACCUCAGACGCCGUCUCCAAACGGAAGCAACUGCAAGCUUUCCCCCCUAACUUCAUCCACUCGCUUGACGCAACCCACAUGCUUCUCUCGGCACUCAAGUGCAGCGAAAAGGGCCUGACGUUUGCUGCUGUCCACGACUCUUUCUGGACGCAUCCCGCGGAUGUCCCCAAGCUCAAUGAAAUCCUGCGCGACGCCUUCGUACGCAUGCACUCGGAAGAUAUCAUCGGACGCCUUGCUGCAGAGUUCAAGGCUCGCUAUGCUGGGUCUAUGUACCUCGCAGAGCUCAAGCUGGACAGUGCGGCAGCCCAGCAAAUCUUGGAUCUGAGAAAAGAAACGAGGGGGAGGCGAGCCCGGAAAGCUUCUUAUAGCGAGCUCCUCCUUGACGCAGAGCGUCGGCGCCUAUUGCAAUCGGAAGACGCCGAGAAGCGCAAAAGGGGCCAAGAGAUGGUCACGCCAGCAAGCGUUUACGAGGCCGCGCAAGAUGCGUCCGCCAUGAUCACCGAAGUGCAGCAGCCUCUUAUCGGGCAGCCGACGCCCGAGCUGAUGGAGGAAAUGCAGGAGAAGAUGAUGAGUGCUGAGCUCUCUGGGAUGGACUUCGAGUCUCCGGCUGACGUAGCGGAUGAGGCAGAGGAGGCGGAAGAGGACACCGAGCCUAAGAACACCAAGGCAGCCCGCAAGGGCAAGGCCCCAAAUCCCCAAAAAGUAUUUAUCUGGCUCCCGCUCACCUUCCCGCCUGUGCCGAAGAAGGGCGACUUUGACGUGCGGCGCCUCAAAGAGAGCAAGUAUUUCUUCUCAUGA